AUGUUCAGCCUCUCCAAGCCUAUUAAGGCCCAAAGAAGAGCAGCAAUGAAACGGAUGAGAGAUGAUGUUUACUCAUCUGGGGGUUCUCAAUUGAAACGUCCUUUUGGCUCUUCUCGACGCGACUCAUAUGUGCAAUCUUCAAUCCCUGAAAGUGGAGGAGGAGAUGGAGGAGGGAGCAUUGGUGAUGAGGGAAUAAACUCUCAGAAACUGACAACCCAUGAUGCUUUGUCCUACUUGAAGGAUGUUAAAGAGAUGUUUCAAGAUCAGAGGGACAAGUAUGAUAUGUUCCUUGGGGUUAUGAAAGACUUCAAGGCACAUAGGACCGAUACUUCUGGUGUGAUUGCACGAGUGAAGGAGUUGUUCAAGGGUCAUAACAAUUUGAUUUUAGGGUUUAACACCUUCCUGCCUAAGGGGUUUGAAAUUACUCUUGAUGAAGUAGAAGAACCUAAAAAAACUGUUGAGUUUGAAGAAGCCAUAUCUUUUGUGAAUAAAAUUAAGAAACGGUUCCAGCACGAUGAAGAUGUGUAUAAGUCUUUCUUGGAGAUCUUAAACAUGUAUCGUAAGGAUGAUAAGAACAUCACCGAGGUUUACAAUGAGGUAUCGACUCUUUUUGAGGACCACCCGGAUUUGCUUGAAGAGUUUACUAGAUUUUUGCCAGAGUCUUUGGCGCCUCACUCAGCUGCCCAGUUAAUCCGGAGUCAGGCCCAACGGUAUGAUCACCGAGGAUCAGACCCUCCUCGAAUGUUAAUAGACAAGGAGCGCCGACGACGAGAAAGAGCUCUUGCUUCUAGGGGUGACCGUGAUCAUAGUGUUGACCGUUCUGACCUUAAUGAUGAUAAAGCAAUGGUUAAGAUGCACAGAGAUCCGAGGAAACGAGCCGACAAGGAGAAUAGAGAAAGGAGAAGUCGUGAUUUGGACGAUGGAGAAGCAGCGUUGCACCAUUUUCCAGAGAAAAGAAAGUCAUCCAGAAAAACUGAGGGUUUUGAAGCUUAUUCUGGUCAUGCCUCACAUUCUGAGAAAAACAAUCUAAAAAGCAUGUACAACCAAGCAUUUGUGUUUUGUGAGAAAGUCAAGGAGAAAUUAUGCAGCCAAGAUGAUUAUCAGUCAUUCUUAAAGUGUCUCAGUAUUUUCAGCAGUGGAAUUGUCGACAGGAUAGAACUACAGAAAUUGGUUUCUGAUCUGCUUGGAAAAUUCCCUGAUCUCAUGGAUGAGUUCAAUCAAUUCUUCGAGCGUUGUGAGAGUACUGAUAGUUUCCAGCAUCUCGCUAGCGUUAUGAGCAAAAAAUCGCUGAGCAGUGAAGAACAUCUAUCUAGGGCGGAGGAAAAAGAAAGAGAUCACAAACGCGACACUGAGGAUGCUAAGGAAAAGGAGCGUUCCAAGGAAAAGUACAUGGGCAAAUCCAUACAGGAGCUUGAUCUAUCUGAAUGCGAGCGUUGCACUCCUAGCUACCGUCUCCUCCCUUCUGAUUAUCCAAUACCUUCUAUGCCCCACAGACAGAAAACAGGAGCUGCUGUUUUAAAUGAUCACUGGGUUUCUGCCACUUCAGGAAGUGAAGACUCCUUUAAGCACAUGCGCAGAAACCAAUAUGAAGAAAGCUUGUUUAGAUGUGAAGAUGACAGAUUUGAGUUGGAUAUGCUGUUGGAAUCUGUGGGAUCUGCUGCAAAAAGCGCAGAAGAGUUAUUGAAUACUAUCAUUGAGAAAAAAAUAAGUUUUGAGGGCUCCUUUCAGGUUGAAGACCACUUCACAGCCCUAAAUUUAAGGUGCAUAGAGAGACUUUAUGGCGACCAUGGUCUAGACGUGACAGACUUAAUACGUAAGAAUCCAGCCGCUGCACUUCCUGUGGUUCUAACUCGUUUGAAGCAGAAACAAGAUGAAUGGACAAAGUGCCGCGAAGAUUUUAAUGCUGUCUGGGCGGAUGUGUAUGCAAAAAAUCAUUACAAAUCACUCGAUCAUCGCAGCUUCUAUUUUAAGCAGCAAGAUUCUAAGAAAUUGAGUGCAAAAGCGAUGGUGGCUGAAAUCAAGGACCUUAAAGAGAAAUCUCAGAAAGAAGACGAUGUUCCUCUGUCUAUUUCUGCUGGUUACAGACAACCCAUAGUUCCUCACUUCGAGUAUGAAUAUUUUGACAGAAGUAUUCAUGAGGAUCUAUUCAAACUAGUCCAGUUUUCUUGUGAGGAGAUAUGUUCUUCAAAAGAGCAGAUCAGUAAAGUUCUGAGGCUCUGGAAAAAUUUCCUGGAGUUGAUGCUUGGUGUUCCACCCAGGGCCAAGGGGCCAGAUCCUGUUGAAGAUGUUGCAGAAACCAAGCAUCACGGUGCAUUUACGAGUGGAGAGUGUAAUGUGAGUUCUGAAGCUGUAAGUUUGGUUUCAAAGCACCUAAAAUUUACUGCCAAUGGAGAUGAGUAUGCUUCAUCUGGGGUCUCCAAACAUGGCGGGACUGGUUCAACAAAUAAGGAUUCUUCGGGAACAGAAAGUUGUAAGGAUGUUGAUCUGGCUAGUAAAGAUGUUGCCACCUGUUCUGCUGUAAACCUCCAGAAAGAUCUUGAAACUGGAAAUGGAGCCGUUAAAAAAUCAGGAGAUGCUGAUGAAAGAGCAGUAGCCACGACAAGUGCAUCAUUCCCAAGUGGGGUAGAUAACAAUAAUGGUAAAGUAGGAAGCGGUGAUUCUUUAGGCACACGUGAUAUUUUACCCAAACCGAGUGGCGCUGUGGAUAACAUUGAUGCCAUUCAGCGUACCCAGGUUGGUGAUAUUGGCAGAACUGUAGCUAUAGCAAAUGGAGUGCAGACAGAUGCUUCUAAAGCCAAUAGUAACUAUGAUGAAUCUGGUGGUCCAUCCAAAAUCGAGAAGGAGGAAGGUGAAUUGUCACCUAUUGGCGAUUCUGAAGACAACUAUGUUGUUUAUGAAGAUCAUGGAUUGAAGUCUACUGCCAAAUCAGAACAUUCUGUUGAAGCUGUAGGAGAAAAUGAUGAUGAUCCUGACGAUGAGGAUGGUGAAGAUGCUUCAGAAGGUAGUGAGGAUGCGUCGGGAACUGAAUCUGUUGGUGACGAGUGUUCACAGGAAGACAAUGGUGUUGAGGAAGAGGGUGAGCAUGGUAAAGCUGAAAGUGAAGGAGACGCAGAGGGUAUAGAGUCGCAUCAUAUAGAAGAAGACAAUGGGUUGCUUCCAUUGUCAGAACGUGUUUUAUUAUCUGCUAAGCCGCUUUCAAAGCAUGUAGCUGCAGCGGCUUUGCUUGAUGAGAGGAAACAAGUUUCCAGAGUUUUCUAUGGGAAUGACGACUUUUAUGUUCUUUUCAGGCUUCAUCGAAUACUGUACGAGAGAAUUUCCUCUGCAAAAACAUAUUGCAAUCGGAGAAACACAAAGGAUACUACUACUUCUCCAGAUCCUUAUGCAAGGUUUAUGAGUGCUCUGUUUAGUCUGCUUAAUGGCUCAGCUGAAAGUUCCAAAUUUGAGGAUGAAUGCCGAGCUAUUAUUGGAAACCAGUCCUAUGUUUUAUUCACCUUAGAGAAACUGAUAUACAAAUUAGUUAAACAUCUUCAAGCUGUUGUAGCAGACGAUACAGACAACAAGCUUCUUCAGUUGUAUGAGUAUGAGAAAACUCGGAAACCUGGGAGGGUCAUUGACUCUGUGUAUUAUGAAAACUCCAGGAUCCUCCUUCACGAGGAAAACAUUUAUCGGUUGGAAUGUUCGUCCUCUCCUCCUCGUUUGUCAAUCCAGCUUAUGGAUAAUAUAAUCGAAAAGCCCGAGGCUUAUGCAGUUUCCAUGGAACCCACGUUUGCAAGUUAUCUGCAAAAGGAGUUUCUUUCCAACACACCAGGAAAAAAAACAAUGCCACAGCCAAUUGUGUUACAAAGGAACAUGCGGGGAUACUCUGGUCUGGAUGAUCUUGCAGUAGCCUGCAAGGCAAUGGAAGGUGUAGAAGUAAUUAAUGGCCUUGAGUGCAAGAUGUCCUGCUCUUCCUACAAGAUUUCGUAUGUUUUGGAUACGGAGGAUUUCUUCCACAGGAAGAAGAAGAAACAGAAGAAGAAGAACAACUUGUCACAUGUUAAACCAUCGCAACAACGACGUAAGUUGGAUAAUAUAGAAAGAUUCCGCAGCUUUCUUUCAGCUUCAAGAUGAUGACAACAAGAACAACUUUUCUCUCUUACUUCAACACACAAAGGAAGGUUAGAGACAGACCAAUGAAGUUUCAAUACUCUGCACAGUAGUGUGUAUUGAUCUAAUUUGUAUCUUAAUUUAGAAUUUAUAACCAAAAAACCAUGGUUGUAAAUAUUGCAAACACAUAAAUUGGUUUGUAUCUACAAAACAUAGAAAGGUUCAAAGGAGAGAUUCUCUCUUUUUUUUUAUAAUAUAAAUAAACGAUUUUCUAUUUUCUUUUGUUUAGUCUUCUCAUACAAGUUCAUUCUCAAAACAAACUCAAACAUGUUAUGAUCAAACCUAAGCAGAACUAGCUUUUACCUAUUCGUCCCAAAACGAGUAACCAUGUCCUCUCACUACACGUCUCACCUCAGGCUGCUGCAAAAAGUUCCCUUCUCUUUCAGUUUUCUUCACAAUACCACCUUCUUUUUCAUCACCUUUCACAUCUACCAUCCCCUUCUCUACACUUUGCUUUCCUUCAAACCAGCUUUGAAUCAUAACUUCAACAUUCUCAUUAGCUCUCAACCCCUUCUCCUUCAUCUCUUUAUAGUACUCAUGCGCUUCAUCCACCUUACCAUUCAAAAACAUCCCAUGUAUCAUCACAAUAUAUGAGCUAAGAUCCGGACCAACACCCUUUUCCUUCAUCUCAUCCCACAACAACGCCACAUUAUCAAAAUCACGCCACCUACAAAACUUCCUGAUCAACAUUAUAUAAGUAUCCACAUUCGGUUCACAACCCAUCUUUCUCAUUUUACCCAACAUCUCAAAAACCUCUUCCCCUGUUCUUAGUAUCCUCAUAAACGCAUGGUAAGUCCGUAUCGUCGGCACAAUCCCUUUCUCAAGCAUCUCAUCAAACACCUUCUUAGCCUCUUCUGUCUUUUUAGCCUUGCACAGAGGCUUGAUAAGAGAGUUGUAAGUCACAACGUUUGGCUCCUCUCUCAUUGUCUUCAUCAAGUUGAUCGCCUCUUUGACAAACCCGCCUUUGGCAAGAGCGUGUACCAUCGCAUUAUACACUUUCCUAUCAGGCUCUAUACCCUCUUUCUUCAUCCGGUCAAAGAGUCUUAAAACCUUGUUCAAAUUCCCUCCUUUUGAGUAGCAAGACAUCAUACAAGAAUACGAAACCACGUCGUGCUUGACACUAACAUUCCCCAUCUCCAUCCACACUCUCUCAGCCUGUUUUACACUACCAAUCACAUUACACCAACCAUUAAGAACUAUGUUGAAGCUUUUAGCAUCGAAAGGAUACGUGUCCUUGUUACAGAAGAUCAAAUGCUCAGCGUCUUGAACGUUCUUGUACCUACAAAGAGCAGAGAGCAAGCUCUGGAAAUCAUCAAUCCCCAUUGCAAGAUUGAAUCUUUUGUAGGCGUGGAAUGUGUUAAUCGCUUUACCAACGUCACGCACGGCACAGUACUUCCUGAUCAUGAUCAAGAGUGUCUGUGAGGUCACGAGAGAAGGGCUUAACUUUCUCAUCUCGUCGAUUAAAGUCCAAGCAGUGUCGAACUUUUUCAUUUUACCGAGGAUUGAGAUCAUAGAGUGAUACUCACGGAGUGAAUGAACGUAGCCUUGUUGCUUCCCUGCCCAAAGAAAGAAUGUGAAUGCAGUUUCCCAAUCGUUACGUGAUAGUGAAAGAAUCUCCACCACUAGUGAAUUUGUUGGCUUCACACUACACUCCUCAAGCUUCUCUCUUAGUUCCUUACGGUUGCUCCCACACUCUUCCAACAGCUUUGUAACCGUCUUAACAUCCUCUGUAACAACCUCCUUAUCUAUAGCAACAUCUACUUCAGUCUCAUGCUCAUU